AUCCCUCCGGUCGACAGUUUCUGCUGCAGUAACGGAACUCACUUAACGACGGCGACGAAACUAGCCAGCCGGCUAGCAUAGACACCUGCCCCAAUUCUCUGGAUUCGGUUUUGCCUUACUACUAAAGAACUAUUUAUACGUCAGAGCACAAGGACUGAAGUAGGGUUAAACCAAGACACUUGUUUUGAGUUUGUUUUCUUUUCCCUUUCAUCUCAGCUGCUAAUGUUAGCCGUUUCCUGGUUGAAGUUGCAGCCAUUUUGGAUUUUUACGGAGAAAAUAGCUAGCCGGUCGCGGUUUGGGGAGCUCUACAAGCUGGUCAUCCAUCCUGUUUUCAUAACCACGCAACCGUCACUGUUUACCCGUGGACGAAAGGAGAUUAACCACACUACGAGUCAACUAUGAAUCCCGAAUAUGACUAUUUAUUCAAACUGCUCCUGAUUGGUGACUCAGGUGUCGGAAAGUCUUGUCUUCUUCUUCGAUUUGCAGAUGAUACGUACACAGAAAGUUACAUUAGCACUAUCGGUGUGGACUUCAAAAUACGAACCAUAGAACUAGAUGGGAAGACCAUUAAACUUCAAAUUUGGGACACAGCGGGACAGGAGAGAUUUCGUACAAUCACAUCCAGCUACUACAGAGGUGCUCAUGGUAUCAUUGUAGUGUACGAUGUCACAGACCAGGAGUCCUUCAACAACGUCCAACAGUGGCUACAAGAGAUUGAUCGCUAUGCCAGUGAAAACGUCAACAAGCUACUGGUUGGAAACAAGUGUGACUUGACAACAAAAAAGGUGGUGGAUUAUACAACAGCAAAGGAGUUUGCUGAUUCUCUGGGAAUUCCCUUUUUGGAAACCAGCGCCAAAAAUGCCACCAAUGUAGAGCAGGCCUUUAUGACCAUGGCUGCAGAAAUCAAGAAGAGGAUGGGCCCCGGGGCCACCGCCGGAGGAGGCGAGAAGCCCAAUGUGAAGCUGACUCCAGGCACUACUGUCAAGUCUUCAUCAGGAGGAUGCUGCUGAGAGAAAAACCACUUUGCCCUUUCCACACCUGGCCCCUUUACUCUGCAGGCCCAUCAUGUGCGCUGCCACCGCCCCGUCUAAACACCACUGUGUCCCAAUGAAGCCCCCACCACAAGCAAGACCGGACAGGGAAGACUUGAUUUCUGUUUAUGUGAGAACAAGAUGAAGUCGCCUGUAUUUGUACUGUACAUAAUGUAGCCGCACUACCAAAAACAACUAAAGCAUCUUUCUAGUCUUACUGUCCAGGUGUUGAUGACAAAUUCUACUGAUGGUUGAUCAUUUGACUUCCCCCUCCUCCUUUCCCGUCCAGCUCCAAUCUGUCAGAGACUAAUUUGGCCCUCUGAAUGCAGGUUCAGAACAACGUUGUGUUGUGUGUGUGCGUGAGAGAGAGUGUGUGUUUUUCUGCAUUCCUACAGCAGGGUUGGUAAGCCCAUUGGUUUCUCUAAGGUUUCUGUUCUUCUGUGACUGCUGUCUUUUUCAGCAUGCGUCUGUCAGUCUGUCUCCAUUUGAAGGUGUUUUUAAUUUUUUUUUCUUACCAACCUCUGCACAACAUUGUCUCAGCUGUUCUGAAGUCAAGUGCAACAGUAUAUGUACAUAAACAUUAUGUAUAUAUAUGUAAAAUGGAGUUUGCCAGUUCUCUUGUUUGACACAUUAUUGAAUUGGUCUUGAAUCUUUGCAUUAAAUUUGUGGCUGAAGACAACUGUAAGUUUGUUGCUCAACAUGUAACACUUUAAUUGAAAAUAAAUAUUGUACUAUCAUACUGUAUGCAAGGAUUCUUGUUGACACGUGAAGAACAGUCUGAUUUAUUUAAUCUAUGACAUGUGACAUAUAUGCUCUCAUGGUAGAAGACCUUUGCAUUUUCAUGGUUCGUUCAUAUUAAAAAGCA